UCAGAGCCAUGCUCAUGCGCAUUGACGGCUGCCUGGGCAAUUUGUCAGUACUCGUGGGAGAAUUUGGAUAUCCCCAUUUUUAACAUGGAUGAGUCUAAAAAUGCUGCAAAUGCAGCUACAAAUGCAGCAGCCCCUGAUUUUGAUGUGUAUGGUGCCAUGGACUGGAAUGAUGGUGUUGGAACCCUACCUGGGAGUGAGCUGAAGUUUAAGGUGAAUGAGUUUGGAGUCUUGGAGGUCCUAACAGAGGAGGGAGAAGAUGAGAGUGUGAAGAAAGCUCAUGCCACCAUUACAUGGGCAGUGCCCACUGCUCAGGAGGCCCUCUCAGACAGUGCGGCGGUGGCGGUGAAAGUGAAAGAGGAGAUGCAGGAGGGGCAGUGGGCCCAGAGAGGCCUGGUAUGUGUGCGCUGCCAGAGGAAGGGCUCCCCCGUGGACUUCCUGUCUGAUGGCCUCCACUGCAGCGAGCGCUGUCUGCAGCAGGACCAGCAGGAUGAGCUGAUGCUGAAGAAAGAGGUUUUGAAGAGUAAUGGGGAGGUGGUGGGGGUCAGCCGUAAGAGGCCUCUGCAGCAGGACAAGGAGAGCCUAGCUGACAAGAUGGACACCACAGAGGUCCCGCCUGAGGACGAUGAUGAGGACUAUGAGGAGAAAGAUAGCAGGAAGACGACGCGUGGAGCUCCGCGAGGCAGGAGGAAACGGAGGGGGGAUGCAGCCCUCCUGAGACACACUGUUCCAUAUGGAGGUAAGAAGAAGUCUUGGUGUUGGGCCUCAUAUCUGGAGCAGGACAAAGCCAUUGCUGCCCCCACUAAACUGUUCAAAGAGCACCAGGCCUUCCCCCAGAGUAAGAAUGGAUUCCGGGUGGGGAUGAGGCUAGAGGGAGUGGACCCAGAGCACCCCUCCAUGUACUGUGUGCUCACUGUAGCUGAGGUUUCAGGACACAGAAUACGGCUUCACUUUGACAAGUACUCAGACUACUAUGACUUCUGGGUGAAUUCCAACUCUGCAGACAUUCACCCUGUGGGAUGGUGUGAGAAAACAGGACACAAGCUUCACCCCCCCAAAGGUAUAAAGGAUGAGGAGUUCAGCUGGUCGUCGUACAUCAAGCUGAGCAAAGCCCAGGCAGCUCCCAAGGCCCUGUUUGAGAAUCAGAACAUGACUGUCACUCCUUUAGGAUUCAGAAUUGGGAUGAAGCUGGAGGCCAUUGACAAGAAGAACCCCUCCUUCAUCUGUGUUGCCACAGUAACAGACAUGGUGGACAGUCGAUUCCUGGUGCACUUUGAUAACUGGGAUGAGAGCUACGACUUCUGGUGUGAUGCAACCAGUCCAUACAUCCAUCCAGUGGGCUGGUGUCAAGACAACGACAGGAUUCUCACCAAGCCUCCAGGUUACCCCAAUGUCAAGAAUUUCUCCUGGGAAAAGUAUCUGGAGGAGACCAACUCGUCACCGGCUCCAGCCAGGGCUUUUAAAGUGAAACCCCCCCACAGCUUCCAGCCACUCAUGAAGCUGGAGACGGUGGACAAGAGGAACCCCAUGCUUGUCAGAGUGGCCACCGUGGUGGACACUGAUGACCACAGGAUCCAGAUCCAUUUUGAUGGCUGGACGGAUGAGUAUGACUACUGGGUGGACACAGACAGUCCAGACAUCCACCCUGCGGGCUGGUGUGCUAAGACUGGCCACCCCCUCCAGCCCCCGAUCAAUCCACAGGAGCUGUUUGAGUCGUCUGAGCAGGGCGGAUGUCCCACCCCAGGGUGUAAAGGUGUGGGCCACAUCAAAGGAGCCCGCUACUCUGGCCACCACAGUGCGGUGGGAUGCCCAUACUCUGACAUCAACAUCAACAAGGACUCAGUGCUGCCAGACCGUCUGAGUGGUGAGAUGCCAGGAUCAGGAGGACUGGGCCGACCCCGACGGGCAGAACCCAACCCAGAUAUCAACCCAGCUCCAGCUCUCACUGCAGACAAGCACUUAAUCGCCAACCCAAAUCACCUGGACAAGACUUGCAGGGGCGAAAAGGCUGGCAGCGCGGUGGCGAGUGCCAUGGAGCGGCCAAUCAAGAAACCUGCCGGCACAGAGCCAAAAAGGAGGGUUGGGCGGCCAUGCAAGCAGAGGAAGGUAGAGGAGCCGGUGGAGGAGGGGAUAAAGAGUGAGGUGUCAUGCAUAAUGGAAACCAAAGUAGAGCUGACACUACAACAAGCCCUUCACCAGUCAGUGUUCAUGCCAUGCACUUCGCCAUCCCCUAGCAGCACUCCUUUCUGUUGGGACCAGCACAGCAAGCUACUGCCCACUGUGGCUGGCAUCACUUCAAGCAAAGUAGCUUCGUGGACAGUGGAGGAGGUGAUUGAGUUCAUCCAAGGUCUUCCAGGCUGUAAGGAACACGUGCACACAUUCAGAGAUGAGCAAAUAGAUGGUGAAGCCUUCCUGCUGUUGACCCAGGUUGACUUGGUGAAGAUCAUGAGCAUCAAGCUGGGUCCAGCCAUUAAGAUCUACAACUCCAUCUUAAUGUUCAAGACGGCGGAGGAAUCUGCAUGUAAUGAACUCUAACGAAGGUGGGAGGGCACAAUUUUUUACCCUUAGGAGGAGGUCUACAGACAAAGGAUGUGAAGCACAAAGAACCGUCCUUCCCAGAGGAUGUAUCUCAUGCAAACUGAAUUGCACAAGUAAUUUUUUUUAAGACAACCAUAUUGCAUACUGAGAAUCUCCAAUAUGAUUGGCUCAUUGAAGAAAUGUCAUUUUCAUUUUUUUAUAUUAGUGUUGGCGUGGUGCCAUGAGGCUGUUCGACUAUAGUUUAUCAUCCUUCAGAUUUCCUUUAGUGCAUCACAAUCAGCAACGUUUCAUGUAGAAAGUCCCAUCUGCACAGGGUCUCUGGUAUUAUAGAAGAUUAUUGGCUUUCGCUGUUCCAGUCUCUCUGGGAUGCCGAUGUCAUAGAGGUCAGAAAGAUUCUAACUGAGAAUGGAGGCUCAGUGAUUCCCCAGGUGAGUGGCACAGAGAAAUAAAUACAUUCAUGAGAAAGUCAUCAUGAUUUUUGAUCCUUGUCACUUCUGUCUGGCUGCUGGGGUGGUGGUGCUGCAGGAGAAGGCUGUAUAUUUCAACCGACACGAGAAAGGGAUUUUUAUUCUGUCACCAAACCAACAGGGGCACCCUACUGUAAUAAUUCAAUGCACCAGGCCCUGCAUUUAAUUUCCCCAUGGUAAAUGCCCCCAACUGUUAUGUUUUAUGGAUAGCCAUAUACAGUACCUGUAUAAAGACCAACGUGGGUCAUCUUGGUCUGGUUUCUCUCUCCUGUGUACUGUACAGUCACCUCAUCAGUACUGUUCAGGCCCUCUGAAGCAGUGGCAAGUGUCUGUUUACUUUAAUGUGCUAAACCCAGGGAAUGGGUUUGGUUGAUUGAAUCAAAUAAAAAAUAAAUAAAAGGCUAUCUAUAUGGACAAGGGUAUUUCUUCAUGUGGACAAUUGUUCACAAUUGUUUAUUUAUGUACUGCAAUUUAAAGCAAUUGUUAAAUAUAAUUGAAUAGGUACAUUGCUGAUCAUCUCAAAGAGCAUACUUAGUGCUCUUUAAAUAAUGUUGACCGUAAUAUGCUAUUUCAAUUUGCUUUACCGAAGCCUAAAGAGAACAAAAUGUUGGUUUAUGUUUUCCUGUUAUUUAUUUAAAUAUGCUUUUUUUCCCUUCUCAUACCGGUGGGUGAGACUGCUGUGUGCAGAAUUAUGCAAAAUAAUGUAAAUGGGAAAGAGCUUGCCAUUUCUGAAGCUAAAUAAUGAUGAAGCCUUUAUUCCACCUGUAUUGAUUCACUAAUAAAUACAAUGAGAAGUACACUAA